GUGAUGAAAAUGGUGAUGCCUUUGACUGUCGCAGAAAGUGGCUGGUAAGAGGAAUUGACUUUUUUAAAAGUCUGCCUUGUGACUUAGGCGGAUAAAGGAAAACCUCGCACAGCUAUUUGGCUUACCUGAUCGGCCAAAUGAGCGUAUUUAUCCACAAACUUUCAGACUUUUUAAAAAUGUCUAUUGCAAGACAUGAUCUGACUUUUUUCUUUUGCAUUUAACACUAUGCUUGCUUUUUCCAGUGUUCAUUUUAUAAAAUGUCCAAACGCCGUGCUUGAUCCUGGUACUGUUGUUGCUAGCUUGGAGCUUGAUGAUCCUAACAGAGUUACACAGGUAUUUGACGUAAGCGAGUGACCUGGAUCAUAUAUCACGUGGUGAUUUGAUCUUGUCACCCGGGUGACACGCGCGUAAACCACGCGCGGCGAUCACGCAAACAAGAUGGCCGAUAAAAUAGUAGUUCAUGGAAGUCUACCAGUAGACAAUUCCCAAUUCCCAUUAUAAACUAAUUUUAAAACUAGGCAAGGAGAUGAAAAUAAAUCACCACAGCUGGAAAGAGCAUACUACAAUUAGUGAAAUUGCAAAGUUUGGUUGCGAAAUGUUGUAAAAUGCGGAAAAUAUAGCCUUGCAAAGUUUGCAAAUUGUGUAUACUUUUGUCUCGCGUGCGGAAAUUGCUGCCAUUUUCGGCCCAAUGUGGAAUGUGAGAGGAAUUUCCGCACGCAAUACAAAAGUAUAUACAAAAUUUGCGAACUUUGCAAGGCUAUAUUUUCCGCAUUUUACACAAUUUCGCAACCAAACUUUGCAAAUUUACUAAUUUUAGUAUGUUCUUUCUAGCUGUGGUGAUUUAUUUGCAUCUCCUUGCCUAGUUUUAAAAUUGUCUAUAAUGGGAAUUGUCUAUUAAUGGAAAGCAUUAAGAACAGCUAACCAAGUUCGCAUGACUGCCAAUUCUCAUCCUUGUUUCAUUUGUUGGAUUACAUUAAUUCGCUUAAAGUAGAGAAACUUAAUGAUGUAUCUCUUGUUACAGGCUCAACUUUAUCUAGGAGAGUUUCCAGUGUUGAAAGGACCAUUGUUGAAAGGCGAUAAACUACAUCAGGUAGGAUUUGUUUCUACUAGUUAAUGGAAGUUAUCAAGGAAACACUACGUUACGGGGUGGGGUAAGAGAGGGGGCGGUGGGAGGGGUCAAUUAUAGUUGCCUUCAAAUACAAGACUACUGGAAGCAAAACCUGGAGACAAAAAUUUCCUGCAGACCAACAGAGUAUUUUUGUGCUAAAUCUGCAUGUGCAUAAACUUAUAGUGUUCUAGCUGACCAUGGUUUUUAAAAAUUCAAGGAAUAAUGUCUGUCAACCAUAUGUUGUCGCGCCCAUAGUGGGACAUGGGUGUUAAGGUUUUCUUCAAAUUUUCAAUAGCAAAUCUUCAUUCAAACGAAUUUCCUGCAGCUGUUUUUAAUUAACAUUUCCUGCGCGAGCUCGCCUGUUUUUUCCAGCCCUAUUUUCUCACUCUGAGAACUGCAGGUUGCCCACCAUUUGCUGCCCGAUAGUGCUUAGUAAAACUAAGUUAUAACUGAGUUAUUUUAUAGUUUAAACUAGUUAUUUUUGUUUAGGUUUUCCAGACAGCUCGCGAGAACCUUCAACACAUCAUGACUGGCUAUGCCGCUGAGGAACCCCACUUUACCAAGUUUCUAAACAAGAAUGUUGACCUCUUAACAAAGUCUUUGAAAGAUCCAAAAUUACCUCUUAUGGAACUAAAGGUGGAUAACUAUGUCAGUUUUAAACGUCCACCACCCUGAUGUUCAGUAAUUAGCCAUUCCUUAUUGCUUCAGUAUCAGGUACUAAUGUACGUACGGUUCAGGAAACCGAAGUACUAGGAGAAAACCUUCGAUUUUUUUUAGAGUCAAACUAGACUGGGAAUCGACAACUGGCCUCUGUAGCUCAGUCGGUUAGAGAGCUGCACCAGAAUCGCAGGGUCGCAGGUUCAAUUCCUGCCAGGGACCUAAUGUUGCAUUUUUUCGCUUCUGUUUCUGGUUAAGUCUAAAUAACUGUGUAUAAAAUUUCCACUCGACCGUUUUCGUCUACAAUACCAUCAAACUAAAAGCUCUCUUCACCUUAUUUUUAUGUUUUAGGAGCAUCUUUCCUCUAUCUCUGGACGUAUUCCAGAGCAGGUCGAGGAAGCAAUUCAUCGUUUGUUAGCGAACUAUGCUAGCAACAUAACCUCAGUGCUCAGUCAGUUUCCCAGUCAACAGGUACACGUAGACUAUUUUGUCUUUUCAAGUUUGAAACGUUGGUUAAACCAUUUGGACGUUGCCAACACGAGGGUUGCCAAUGCUACUGUCCCGAACGAAAUGUUUUUAAUCUGUUUCAGAUACAAACCACGGCAGCUUAUUGUAGAAUACUACCUACACUGGACCACCGUGUUUGAGAUAUAUUUUUCAGGUAGUUCAGACACAAACCACGACAGCUUGUUGUAGAAUACUACCUACACUGAACCACCGCGCUUGAGAUACCUUUUUCAGAUAGUUCAGACACAAACCACGACAGCUUAUUGUAGAAUACUACCUACAUUGGACCACCAUGUUUGAAAUAUCUUUUUCAGGUAGUUCAGACACAAACCACGACAGCUUAUUGUAGAAUACUGCCUACAUUGGACCACCAUGUUUGAGAUAUCUUUUUCAGGUAGCUCAGACACAAACCACGACAAUUUAUUUUAGAAUACUACUUUUAUAUUUUCUAGAUUGCCAAUGUUGUCGACGCUCAUGCAGCCACUUUAACUAAGAGAGCUGACCGCGAGGCAUUCUUUCUGAGUACUCAGAGCAUCGUUCAACUUGUACAACGGUAGGAAUUCAUGUUUAUAUUAUAGAGUUAACUAACUUUAUUUAUACUGGAUAGCUCUAUCAGUUCUAUACUGUUGUUCCUUCACCAUCUCUUAUUGCUCCAGUGUUACUACAGGAGGAAACCUAAACUAAAAUAACUUUAUACUGGAUAUCUCCAUCAGUUCUAAACUGUUCUCCGUAGAGGUCCAGUAAGGAUCAUCCGGUGUUACUACAGGAGGAAACCUAAACUAGAAAUUACGGUUGCCAUUGAGUAAUUUUAAAAAAGAACAAAACAAUAGACACUCCAAAAAUAGUUAACAUUUUAAUCAACGUUUCGAUAGCGUCAUUCCUGAUGAUGACUGAAACCUAGUGGAAAUGUUGAUUAAAAUGUUAAGUAUUUUUGGAGUGUCUAUAUUCUUUUGUUCUUUUUAAAACCUAAACUAAACUAACUUUAUUUAUACUGGAUAACUCUAUCAGUUCUAAUAUGUUCUAUAUAGAGGUCCAGUAACAAGGUAAUUAGAUCAUCUUGCGUUUCAGAUACCGUAAUGGCUGCCGUGGUCACAUGAAGUCAGUCAUUGUUUCAUUGUUACGUCAAUAUCUACAGGUUGAAAGCUUGUUUUCUGAAGGUAAAUUU